UUCCCCCGUUGCGGUGCCCUCCGAACCCCGAGUGCCCCCGAGCCUCGUGCGUGCGCUGAGAUCCUCCGCACGCCCGGGGCUCUGUUUGGUGCCCCUGUUGUCCCGCCGGUGCCGGUCGUUUGACCUCCCCCCGGGGAUCUUUGCCUCGGGAUUCCCCCCCCAGGCGGGCCCAGAGGGGGCUUCAGCCAGGGGGGUCCCGCGGGCAGCUCCACCAUGUCGGACAGUGACCCGGGGGACGAGGACGGCGCCACAUCCCCUGACCCCUCGCAGUGCAAGAGGAAGAGAAGGGGCAACCUCCCCAAGGAGUCGGUGAAGAUCCUGCGGGACUGGCUGUACGAGCACCGCUUCAACGCCUACCCCUCGGAGCAGGAGAAGCUCAGCCUCUCGGGGCAGACCAGCCUCUCCGUGCUGCAGAUCUGUAACUGGUUCAUCAACGCCCGGCGGCGGCUGCUCCCUGACAUGCUGCGCAAGGAUGGCAAGGACCCCAACCAGUUCACCAUCUCCCGCCGCGGGGGCAAAGCCGGCGAUGCGGCCGUGCCGCGGGGCACUGCCGCCGGCCCCGGGGUGCUCGUAGUGCCACCCGCAGGCGCCUCUAAGGUGCUGUCGAUGUCGGUGUGCCCACAGGUACUGUGCCACCCGACGCAAGCGCUGGCUGUGGUGAGCGCCCACAGCCCCGAGUGGGAGAAACCCCCCGGGCCCGAGGCCGUGCCCAGGGCGGGCCCCGGCGGCAGCACCCUGACCCUGCUGGCGCGGGCCGAGGCGGGCAGCCCCACACCUGGACUCUUCAACACACCACCCCCGACACCCCCCGAGCUCUUCGGGGACGACUUCAGCAGCUUCCAGCUGCUGGUGGAGGUGGCCCUGCAGAAGGCGGCCGAGCUGGAGCGGCAGCGGCAGGGGGGGCAGCUGCCCCUGGCUCCUCACGCCGAGCCCCCUGGAGCCUCCAAAUAACCCCGGGCCGGGUCUCGCAGGGUGCCCUUCUCCGGGGGGCCCGACCCUCCCGGCCUCUGCCUCACCCCCACAGCCCGUCCCAGGAGUGGCUCCUGCCCCCGGUGGCUCUGGUGUCUCUCGGCAGCCAAGGUGGCAGAGGAAGGCCGGUCCCACCCUGCCAUCCUCCCAUGGGAGAUGCCCUGGCUGCCGCAGACGUUGCCCCGGUCUGUGCCCAGACCUCAGCGCUGGCAGUGCCCUGUCCCUGCCACGCGGCCAGAGCAGGCACUGGAGCUCUCCUGGAAAACCUGCUGAUCAUCUCCUCUCCUGCAAACAAGGGUCCAGCCAGCACCCUUUCUUCAGGGGGACAGAGAGAACUUGUUUUUUUAAAUGCCAGUGUAAAGACUGUGGAUGAAGAGCUUUGUCUCCCAAAUCUCUGAUCCAUUCCCCUUGCCAACCUCCCCCCCAUCUCCCCUUUUGUUUUUGGGGUGCCUUUCUGUUUCCUGGUACUGGCCCGGAGGCCUGCCUUGUCCACGGAAGGGCAAAAGACAGAUGAACUGGAAACAUGGAGUCUGUGGCAUUUUAUCAUGGAAAAAAUAGGACCCUCCUCUUCCUUUUUAGGUUGUUGUGGAUGCUGCCAGUAGAAAUCUCUAUGGUGCUGUUUAGCAAGUUUUUUGUUGAAACAUUUUCCCUUUAAUUGUGAUUUAUUACAUGAUUAUUACUUUUUUUUAAAAAAAAAUUAAUCUGUAAGCAUUUCCACACCUUCCCCGUGCUCCCCUUGAGUUUGUGCUGAAUGUGUGCACGCUGUGCCCGGAGUAGUGAGCGCAUGGCCAAGCCCGGGCAGAGCUGAGACUGUGAAUUUUGUACCCGACUUCAUUUCCUUUUUUUAUUUUAUUUUUUUUCCAUAAAACCUUUGCAAAGAGGCGUGGUGGGGGCACGGCCAUGUGCGUCCUGCAAAUGCAGCGCGGGGUUCCUGGCAAGCUGCGCUAGGCGGGCAGAGGAUGGAGAUGUCGCUCUCUGUCCCCUCCCCUCGCAGCGUGGCUGUGCGGUGCUGGGGACCUCUAGUGACAAACUGGCGUGUGUUGGGAUGGCCGGGCCUGGCGGGGUUCGGGGCUCCGGGGCAGUUUUGGGCUCUG